UGUCUUGCCGGUCAGAGAUCAGUCUCGUGACACAGAGACCGUGGAAAUGGAGGAUGAUGAUGUCACAGAUCAGCGGGACACUGAGGUAGUGGUGGUAGAGGAUAAUGCUGAUGACUAUGAGGAAUACAGUGAAAGUCAACAAGCUGACCAAGAACGAGAUUUACAAGAGUGGCGUACACUCAGGGCUAGACAAGACGAGGAAUACAACGAAAGUCUUCUAGCUGACCAAGAACGAGAACGUGCACUGCAAAGAGAAGCAGACAUCCGUAACAGACGGAGAGAGGCUUUGGAAAGACGUCGUUUUAAUUUAAGCAGACUGGUUGAGCCGCAGGAUGGUGUCCCUUUACAUAUUAAAUUUCCAGAUGGCCAUGUUUUAAGGAGAAGGUUUCACCUCAUGCACCCAAUUCAGCACCUUUUUGACUUCGCCGGAUCAGAUGAGAUGGCCACAGAGGUUUUCUUUAUUCAGAGAACUCAGGCUUCAGCAAUAAGAAGCACAACAAGAGGCAGAAUAAUUGAUUACAUAACUGAAUCCUGCACGCUCUUUGUAACAUGGGGUGAAGAUCAGAUGGACACAAACAUGGAAGAUACUCUGGCUCCAGGAGAGAACACUCCUCAAUCCAUCACAUCUGGUUUGUCUGAAACAGCUCCUGACUUGCCUGAUUUCAAUCAUGGCACUGACACCAAUGAACCGGAUUUGGAAACCUUGUUGACCAACCUAAUGUCGAAAGUGUGCAGUGAGGAUAUACCCAGUGGCAACAUGAUUAACGUUUGUAGAGACAAUGUAAUGGAUGGUGCUAAACGAGCAUUUGCCAGGAGAAGUUUUAAUCCGGAGGCUAAAAUUAGUGUCGUCUUCAUGGAUGAUUCAAUGCAAGCAGAGGGUGCUGUUGAUGAGGGUGGCCCUUCACGGGAGUUUUUCCGCCUGCUAAUGAUGGCUAUAAAGGAAAGCACCCUUUUUACUGGACCAGAGAAUAACAAGAAUUUGUCCCUGGACAGCCAUGCAUUACACAGAGGCAUUUACAAGACAUAUGGCGUCAUGAUAUCUGUGGCACUUUUGCACGGUGGAGUGAUGCCUGCCUUUUUUUCUGAGCGCCUCUUCAAAAACCUGUUUUCAAUUACAUCAUCAUCAUCACCACCAACUCUUGAUGAAAUAACAGACCUGGAUUUGCAGACUAAGCUAAGAAAAAUCUUCGAAGCAGGUGAUAUUACUGCAGCUAGAGCUGCCAUUGAAGAGUGUGCAGAGAGUCUGUCCUUGUUGGGGUCUCUGAGGUAUAUUGGCACAAUGGAAGAGAGGGAACAGUUGGUCCAGGCUGCGACAACUUUCUAUGUUGAGGGAAGGACAAAAGAAACCCUAGAACAAUUUUCUGAUGGGUUCAAUACCCUUGGUCUCCUGAGCCAGGUUAAAAUGCACCCCAAUGCUUUUAAGCAAGUCUUCUGCACAUCACACAGGAAAUUGAGGGCUGAAGACCUGAUGUCCUUGUUCAAAGCAGAGCUGUCUUGUCCUGGAAGCAACAGAUGGCGACUGGAAAAGAAAGUUGAAGGGUAUUGGAGAGAUUUUCUUGUGGAUGUUGAAGAUGGCGUGUUUGAGAUCGAGCUUCAACAAAUUUUGAUCUUUGCGUCCGGAGCUGACCGAAUUCCAGCACUUGGUUUUACCCCUCAGCCAACCAUCAGUUUCAUUCAUGAGAUUGGGCGGAAUUACCCUGAAGCUAACACGUGUCUUGUGAAACUGAAGCUGCCGAUACAUGAGACUUAUGAAAACUUCACAAAAUACAUGUUUGAAGGAAUUAUUCAAUCUCCAACUUUUGGUAUGGCAUAGUCCGACUUUGCCAUGUUUAUGUUAAGGGCAUAGUCAGCCUGGGCAUGUUCAUGUUAAUGGCAUACUAGUACUGUUAUAUAUAAUGUUAACAAUUUCGGUCUGUUUCACGUUACAAACUGCAAAAUAAAAUGUACAAUAACAACCCUGAAAAUUAAAAUGCAAAGUGUAAAUUGUAGAAUAAUGUAAAAUGCACUAAAAUUUAUUGAAACCUGUUGCAUGUAUUUCUGCCUUACUUCUUGCAUUAGUCAAUGUAGUAAGGUGUUAAGAAAUCACAUACAAGGCUGAUUACAAAGCAAAGAAAAUGUCUUGUUUCUUUAUAGAUCUGUUGUUGAAGAGUUGAAGCAUAACAAUACGACUUUUUAAAAAUAAAUUUUACAAAUUUGAUUAAAACUGUUGUUUCCAUUGUAUAUAUUGUAUAUACAAAACAGAUUUUGAAAAGUCAUAUGUCUUGCAAAAGUA